CAGAUGCCUAAUUAGGUCCUGUGGCUUAUUUUGCUUACUCACACAUACAUGACGCCAAAUUAAUUCUGUCAAAACUGUACUGCAUUUGCACCAACAAAACGGAAUCACUGAUUAUUUUCAGUGAAAGACUAAAAUGGCUGUCGAACCAGUUUGUGUCGAUCAAAAAGACGAAAUUGUCGUCCAAGAUGCCGAAGAAGUACCACUGGAGCUAAUGGAAGUGAAUGACGAUUGUUUAGAGUCGAUUUUCCAGAAUUUACAUUGGAAAGAUAUGUUCAACAUGGCCGUAUCAGAUGAACGAUUCCUUACAUCGCUUCGAUUCGCAUUUUUCCGUCAAUAUCGUAAAAAGCGUGUUACAUUGAGAGCUGGUGCCCUUCGCACGGUUGAUAAUACCGGUGCGACAUCAAAAAUAACCAUCGAUGCAUCGGCGUUUUUCGAAUAUUUUGGUUCAAACACAUUGAAGCUGGCCAUCAAACAUCUGGAUUCGAAUCAAGUCAAAGUUGAAGAAUCGUUGCUAAAAAAUUGCACCAGCUCAGUUGUUGAUUUGCAGCUAUUUGAAUGCAAAUUAUGUUUUGAGCAAAUCAAAAAACCGUUCCAUAAAGUCGACAGUCUAGUGCUCAAAAGCACUACCAUCGGCGAAAACCUAUCACGAUUGGGCAUUUGGUUCCCGAAAUUGGUCACAUUAAAAUUGGAAAACGUUAAAACAUCGCAUCCGGAAUCGUUGGAAAAACGAUGGCCAGCCCUGAAACACUUGGUAAUUUGUGAUAAUAAAGGAAAGAUACCACUGUCGACCAUCGAGACAAUGCUUCACGUUAAUCCACAAUUGAAAUCAUUGCACUUAUAUCGUGAUUAUAAUGCAGACUUUCUUCAGUCAAUCAACCUACCACAACUUGAAGAGCUCUAUCUUAAAGUACCCAAUGAUCGAUUCAUGAGCCUCGGUGAUGGACAGAAGAUUCUCUUCGAAAAUGUGAAAAAGUUCGCCUUACUCGCAUGGCAUGAAGAAGAUGAAUUCGCACUGAAUUUUCCAUUCAACUUCACAAAACUGGAAACAUUGUACGUCGGCGGUUCAACUAAAUACAACUAUGACGUUUUUAAUUUCAUCAAACAAAACAUACAACUCAAAGAACUAAUGCUGCUGAACCAAACAAUCGAUACUUAUGGCUUUCAUGAUGGUGUGAUGUCGAUUAUCAAAACAUUGAAGGAUCUUAUGGCACUGACCGUUUCCGAGGACUCAUUUUUGUGGAACGAACUUUUGGAACUACUGUCUGAAUGUCAUCAGUCUAAUAUAAAGCAAUUUAGCAUCAAGUUUGGUCAUCACUUGGAAUGUCGAGCAUUUUGUCAUUAUGUUCGAGACGAAAUCGAGAAGGAAUGGACAGUCACCGAAUGGAAGGCGACGAAAAAUCCAAAUUGGCAUUAUAUACUGCGAUUUGAUAAGAUUUAAUUUUAAGACAAAUUAAUUUUUUUAUUUAUACCAUUUUAUACAGGUACUGAUUGAUAUCAAAUAAAGGACCGCCUCUUUUUAUGUUGUAUCAGCUUA